UCUAAUCGGUAGUAGUCACGCUCCGCAAAGAAAUCGCCCCGGAAUAAAGCACACUGCUUCGGUUCGUUUCCACCAGUGCAAAAGUGAUAAUUCGUUGGUAGUUCCAUCGUUGAAUCAAAUUUAUCUUCACCGGUUAACAUCGUGGUCGAGGUAGCGAACGCAUCAAAUCAUCAUUAAAAUCACUAAAAGUCUUCCAAAUAAAUAUAUAUAUAUAUUAGAUUAUAAUACUCUAAACAAUAACUUAAGCUGUACAAGUAUAUAGUGAUCAGAUAAAAAGAAGAAGAUUGUAUUUACUAUAAGAAACAAAACACUAACUCAUAAGUUAGCCACUAAAUAGUAACAAAUUCAAAGCAUAAAGAAAUCAUAUCGGAAAAGAUGUCUUUCCUGAACAACCUUCGCGCGAUACCUCUGCCACCGGUGAAGAACGUCCUGAACGUGGCCAUGCAGACCGCACGCCAGACGAUUCCAUCAAAGAACAAACAAAGCGAUUACGAACAACCCGGUGGAGCGGACAUUGGUCCGGAUGCCGGCGUGCGGUCACCACCGCAAGUACCACCUAGGCCACAGAAUGUCCACUUUGCUGAGUCCGAUGGAGACACUGGUGGAACGACCGAAUUGAAUCCGCUAAAUCCAUUCACUAAUCCCAAGGCGUAUCAUCAGGAAGGGGCGGAACAACCGAACGCCGGGCAAUACCAGGAAACGGGCUUCAACCAACCGAGCGAUUUCGAGAACGGCUACCAAGCGGGCGGCUACCCCAGACAGGGGAGUGUUCAGUCAUAUGGAUCCGAUAGUACAUUUGCUGGUGGAUGCGAGGGCGAAGCAGCAGGAGGAAUGAAAAUCAACGAGUAUCAGGCAGCGUGGAACGUCACCAACGCCAUCCAGGGUAUGUUCAUCGUAUCGCUUCCAUUUGCUGUUCUACGCGGCGGCUACUGGGCCAUCAUCGCCAUGGUCGGCAUUGCGUAUAUUUGCUGUUACACAGGAAAAAUUUUGGUGCAGUGCCUGUACGAGCCGGAUCCGCAAACCGGUGAACCCGUUCGAGUUCGGGACAGCUACGUAGCGAUCGCGAAGGUUUGCUUCGGUAAGAAAAUCGGUGCCCGGGUGGUAAGUAUAGCGCAGAUCAUCGAACUGCUGAUGACCUGCAUUCUGUAUGUGGUAGUCUGCGGUGAUCUGAUGGCCGGAUCGUUCCCCGAUGGUGCCCUGGACACCAGAUCGUGGAUGAUGCUGUGCGGUGUAUUCCUACUACCAUUGGCUUUCCUCAAGUCGCUUCACCAUGUCUCGUUGCUCUCAUUCUGGUGCACGAUGGCGCAUUUGUUGAUCAAUGCGAUCAUCGUCGGCUACUGUCUGUUGGAGAUUGGCGACUGGGGAUGGAGUAAGGUCAAGUGGCGAAUGGAUUUUGAAAAUUUUCCAAUUUCGCUUGGUGUUAUUGUCUUCUCCUACACGUCGCAAAUCUUCCUCCCGACACUGGAAGGAAACAUGGAGGACCGUUCCAAAUUCAACUGGAUGCUCGAUUGGUCACAUAUCGCCGCAGCUGCAUUUAAAGCCCUUUUUGGUUACAUUUGCUUCCUGACGUUCCAAAAUGACACCCAGCAGGUGAUUACAAACAAUCUGCAUUCACCUUCCUUCAAAGGUUUGGUCAAUUUCUGUCUGGUGAUCAAAGCAGUCCUCAGUUAUCCACUGCCAUUCUUUGCUGCGUGUGAACUGUUGGAACGAGCGUUCUUCCGCGGAAAACCAAAGACCAUGUUUCCUAUAGUUUGGGAACUGGAUGGGGACUUGAAGGUUUGGGGUUUGGCAUGGAGACUGACUGUCAUUCUUGGAACGAUCAUGAUGGCUAUUUUUAUUCCGCACUUCUCGAUCCUCAUGGGUUUCAUUGGCAGCUUCACGGGUACGAUGUUAAGCUUCAUCUGGCCGUGUUACUUCCAUCUGAAACUCAAGGGUCACCUCUUGGAUCAGAAGCAGCGAGCGUGCGAUUAUUUUAUCAUAUUUUUGGGCGUUUUAUUUGGCGUUGUUGGAAUCUACGAUUCCGGCAGCGCACUGAUCAAAGCAUUCGAGAUUGGUCUUCCGUUCUAAGUAUCUUCUGAUAUCGAACUCCUGUUGUAUAGUUUAGAACCAGUUGUUAACUAAAUUACGAUUAUCAGUUCGAAUGCUUUUCGUUUAAUGACGUAAAUUCAGCAAAUAUAUGCAUAUAGUGUUAAUACAAUGAUUGAACCUACCGGAGCCAAGUUAGGAUUAGACCUUCCCAGACAGCAUCUAACGUCCGAUUCGGAAGGGAAACUAGUUUGAGUUGAAUAUUGAAUGCUAAAUCAUAGAGUCGUACUGGGUUUACUGCAAGCAUUUAAAAUUAAGACAUAUCCUAAGCAAACCAAAUGUAUAAAACAAGUUUAGAAAUCACGCGAGAAAAACACUAGCUUUAAGGAGAUUAUUCCAUUUUAUUGUUGAAAUCCAGAACAAACCGAAAAAAAAUUGAUCAAUGUCUUCCUAAAUGCGUCAAGGAUCAGAUGAGUUAAAUCGUUAGGUAAUCCAACUGUCUUCCAGCUUGCAGAACCUGCCAAGGAUCUGCAAUCAAGCCAAAUCAUGACUCAACGGAUAUUAAGAAUGCAAACAAAUAGCUAGUGAUUGAGAGUAAUGAAUGAAAAAUAGUGAGGAACAAAGAAUCCAAAUGCAAUAACUGAACAUCGUUACUAUUGUAGAAAACCAAACGAGAGGGAAAAAAAAAGAAAACGAAAAGUCAAUAUACCGUGCAAUGACAAUAAAUGCAGAUCAAAGCAAGUCACACAAAAAUCAGUAUUUAAACACGAUAUUAAUAUAUUUAUCAACCCUAUUGUACUAUUAAUUGAGGAACGAGCAAAUAAGCGCCAAAAUCCAACCAGAUAAGCAAAAAGUGUUAAAUUCUACAACCAUUAGGACUAGUGGGUAUCGGAAAGAAGAGUUUUCGACAUUUUAAAUUAUCCAUAUAGCCAUUGAUCAAUAACAAUCUUACCGAAAUCAUGUCUUCCAGCAGAUGAGAAAAGCGUAUUUAAAUUCUUUACGUAGAAACAAUAUUCCAACGUCUUCCGAAAUAUUAGAAGGAUUAUUUUUAUAUUGAUUUAAGGCAUCAGUUUAAUAAUAUACAAAAUCCAUUUUCACUGUUGUGGCUCAUUUGUCAUGUUGAUUAUUGUUUACGUAAAAAGUAGAAAAGUAAUGUUAUGUUAUAUUUAAUCGCAGAGUGUUAUACAAAGUAUGAACUAAUUACUGUAUUCAAAGGUAAAACUAUAGGUGUCCAAAUAAAUAGUUAAUUGAAA